AUGUCCGUCCCCUCGGCCAUGGUGCAGCACGACACCAGUGGGUUCCCACAUCUCAACCAGGACCCUUCUGGUAAAGACGACCUCUCGACGCAUAGGGUCGACAGCAACACCGACGAUGAGAAGGCCGUCUCUUCUGAAGAGCCAGACCGAGGCCCAGAGAGGGAGCCAGUCAUCCAAACGGGAAAGGAUGUUAGUGCUUUUGUUGUCUCUCUACGAGACGAUGGAGACCCUCCUCUCACCCUGCGAUGUCUCAUCAUCGGCACCGCCGUCAUGAUCUGCAACUGUGCCGUCACUCAAGUCUACAGUGCCAAGCCUGUCAGCUUGUCCUUCUCCAACGUCUUUGUCAUUCUCCUCACCUGGGUGUCUCUGCUGCUCUGGCACGUCAUCAUGCCAAAGGAAAGCUGGGUGGACAAUGUCGCCUGGUUGAGCUUCCUUCAGCCCGUCUUCCGAUUCGUCAAUCCUGGUCCAAUCGGAAUCAAGGAACACGUCGUGGCCACCAUCAUCGCAGCUUCCGGACUCAACGGUGAUGCCGGUCCAGACGUCCUCGCCACCAUCAAGCUCUUCUACGGCAGCACCAUCACACCGCUCAUGACCAUCCUCGGCCUCUUCUCCAUCAGCCUCAUCGGUGUAGGCUUUGUCGGUCUUCUUCGACCACUGCUGAUCUACCCCUCCGAGAUGGUUUACUGGUACACCCUGCCAAUGAUCGCCGUCUUCCAGAUGUUGCACCAGGAGAAAGCCGAAGAGAAGAAGCGACUCAAGAUCUUCUGCUGGCUCUUUGCUGGAACUUUCUGUUGGGAGCCAGUCGUCGCUUACAUUGCACCUUGGCUCAACGGUAUCUCUAUCCCUUGUCUCGCGUCCAUGGGAGCUCCGAUGAAGAUUCGCAAACACAUUGCUCGACUCUUCGGUGGUGCCAGUGCCAACCAAGGUCUUGGUCUUUUCUCCAUCUCCCUUGAUCCGCAGUAUGUGACACCUUCCACCUACGCCGGCUUCCCCUUGAAAUGGCAGACCAGCUAUUGGAUCGGCACGAUGAUGGGCUCCUUCCUAAUGGUCGCUCUCUUCUACGCCAACGCAUUCAACGCCAAGGACUUCCCCUUCAUGAGUUCUUCUCUCUUCCUGGCCAACGGCACAAUUUAUCCGACAGACGAAGUCUUCUUGGGAGCAAACGUCGAGAUGGACAAGGGCAUGUAUGACCUGUACGGAGCUCCUCGCCUUACGGCGAGUGCUCUCUGGGCGUUCCUCUGCCAAGCGGCCGCAAUUGGUGCUUUGAUCACUCAUGUGGCCAUUUUCUGGAGCAGGGAUCUCUGGGGCUUCAUCAAGGAAACCAGGGAUGGCACACAGCAUGACCCUCACUUCCAGGCCAUGAGGAGGUACACCGAAGUCCCUCAGUGGUGGUACUUGAUCUGUGUCGUGACUGCUGUAGCAGCUGCUUACAUGACCGUGUGUCUUUCCAACACGACUCUGCCUGCGUGGGGAUUGACCAUCGCUCUGCUCUGCGGUAUGGUGAUUGCUCCCUUCUCAGCGGUUAUCUAUGCCUCGUACGGUUCGGCCGUGGCCACGAACAGCAUCAGCAAGAUGGUUGCAGGAGGUAUUCACGGUGGUCGUCCUGUCGCCAACCUCUGGUUCAGCUGCUGGUGCCAUCAGAUCGUCAAUCUUCUUGUCUCCUUGUCCGACUACCAGAAGCUCGCACAGUACCUAAAGAUUCCUUGGCGAGUGAUGUUCAUGGUCCAGAUCUACGGAACUCUGCUCGGCGCAUACUUCAACUGGUGGAUCAUCUCCAUGAUCAUCGACAACAAGCGCGAGAUCCUCCUCGACCCCAUCGGUAACAACCAGUGGUCAGGUGCCUACUACCAAGGUCUCAAUGCCCAAGCCGUCGAAUGGGCCCUGGCAAAAUACGUCUUUGCCUUUGGCAGCGGUCUGCACUACGAGAUUGUACCCCUUGGUCUCUUGAUUGGCGCCCUGAUUCCUCCCAUUCACUGGGUCGCCAAGAGGUACAUUCCCUACAUUCGUAGUCUGGGCGACUUGAUCACUACGCCCCUCUUCAUCUACUACUUGCAGGGCUCCUCCGGAGGUAUCAACUCGUACGUCUUCAGUACCAUUGUGCUUGGAGCCUACAUGCAGCUCUACCUUCGAGUCUAUCGCCCAAGAAUAUUCCGAGAGUACUGCUACCUCUUGUCCGCUGCAGUAGACGGAGCAGCCCAAAUCAUGGGCUUCAUGCUGAGCUUCUUCCUCUUCGGUGGAACUGGAACACCCCACUACUUCCCGACUUGGUUCGGCAACCCGGAUGGCUCUCCAGACCACUGCGUCUCAACUCGUACCUACGAGUAG